UCUCCUCGACCUUUCUUUCACAUCUCAAUCCAAUCCAGCAGCGCCAUGGCGGAAAUGCUCGAAUUUCCUUACCCUUUUUGGGGUCUCCAUGUGUUGAGUUGCAAUUAGAGGCGGUUCUCCCGUUAGCUCAAUUACAGCGCUGCAUUUGGAUCUGUUCUCGCGGUUCUUGGCCCAAGGAAGAGCAGAUCUUUCUUCAUGGGAAGAAGAGAAGGCGGUGUCAGUCAGAGAAGCAGCAUCAGGAUGGAGUUCAGAGCAGGCCUCUUCACGGCGGCCAUGGUAGCCGCCGCCAUGAUCAUCCUCUCCUCCACUCCAGCACUCGCCCAGAAGGCGAAGGACAAGAGCCCGCCAGCACCACCAGCCGACAUCCUCCCGCCAUCCCCAGCGCCAGCGCCAUCCCCACACAUCGUGAACCUCGCGGACCUCCUGAGCGUGGCCGGGCCAUUCCACACCUUCCUCGACUACCUGGAGAAGACGGACGUCCUCAAGACCUUCCAGAGCAAGGCGAACGACACCAAGGAGAGCGCCGAAGGGAUCACCAUCUUCGUCCCCAAAGACUCGGCCUUCUCGUCUCUCCGUGCCACGACGUUCGCCAACCUCACGGGCGAAGAGCUCAAGUCCCUGGUGCUGUACCACGCGCUGCCCAAGUACUAUUCCCUGGCGGAGUUCAACAAGCUGAGCAGCCUCAACCCGGUGCCCACGUUCGCCGGCUCCCAGUACACGCUCAACCUCACCGACAACAUGGGCAGCAUCCGUGUCAAGUCCAUGUGGUCCAACCCCAAGAUCAGCAGCAGCGUCUACUCGACCCGCCCCGUGGCGGUUUACGAGGUCGACAAGGUGCUCCUGCCCAUGCAGAUCUUCAAGAGCGACCCGCCGCUGGCGCCGGCCCCGGCGCCGGCGCCCGUGGAUGCCAAGGCCGAUGACGAUGCUGCUCUGAGCCCGGCGUCCGGGAAGGCGGCCAGUGCUAAGGCCAAGGCCGGGGAGAAGAGCGCCGCGUCGCAAGGCGCCGGUGGUGGUUACUUGGCGGUUGCUGCUGCCGGUGGUGUGAUGAUGAUGCUCCUGUGGUGAGAGUUGAGACUUGAGAGUUGAGAGAGCGAGCGGGCAAUGGCAUGCUGGGGCGCCGGGUUCAUUGGGAGUGUGUCCGUGGUGACUCGCUGAUGCCUGCUGAGAAAUUUUUACAUGGAUUUGUUGGUUGCUUGGGUUCAUUCUUUGGAUAUAUCGUAGGCGGUUUGUGUUAGGAUUUGCAUCGUAUAUGCUUCUGUGGUUGGUUGAUCGUGGUUCAUACUUGAUACGCCGUAGUACUUUGAUUUGGUGCCUGGAUGUAUGCAGAAAGUCUUUCAUACUGCUGGUCAGUAGUACUCAUGAUCUCGAGCGCUUAUGACAGCCAAUGUUGGCCAUACUCAUGAUCAUGAUCUCAUCUGUCAUAUUGGCCAUUCGGUUCUUGAAGAAGAAAAUGAAGUUACCAUGCA